AAACAAUACUUAUCUAACAAAAUCUCUCUUCUCAGUCCUCACUGCUCUAUAUAUAUACAACCUUUCUUACUCUCUUUUAAAGCACAGAAAGCAAGAAAGUUAGUUUGGUAUUUUUUUUCAGAGAGAAAAAAAAAAGAAAGAGUGAAAAUUAUGGAGCUUGAUCUUUCUCCAAAGUUGGCUAAGAAGGUGUACGGAAGCAAUGGUGGGUCAUAUUAUGCAUGGUCUCCAUCUGAGCUUCCCAUGCUGCGUGAAGGAAAUAUUGGUGCAGCCAAGUUGGCCCUUGAGAAGAACGGUUUUGCUCUUCCUCGUUACUCUGAUUCUGCCAAGGUUGCCUAUGUUCUCCAAGGAACUGGUAUAGCUGGAAUUGUCCUUCCUGAAUCAGAAGAGAAGGUCCUUGCAAUUAAGAAGGGUGAUGCCAUUGCCCUCCCUUUUGGUGUUGUUACAUGGUGGUACAACAAAGAGGACACUGAGCUAGUUGUUCUGUUCAUGGGAGAUACUUCAAAAGCUCACAAAUCUGGAGAGUUCACUGAUUUUUUCCUAACGGGAGCCAAUGGGAUCUUCACAGGGUUUACUAGCGAGUUUGUGAGUCGAGCAUGGGACUUGGAUGAGAAUACUGUUAAGGCCCUUGUUGAAAAGCAAUCAGGCAAUGGAAUUGUCCAGCUUCAUGGGAACUUUAAAAUGCCUGAACCAAAGAAAGAACAUCGAGAGGGUAUGGCAUUGAAUUGUGAGGAGGCUCCAUUAGACGUGGACAUUAAGAAAGGUGGAAGGGUCGUGGUGUUGAACACUAAUAACCUUCCUUUGGUUGGUGAAGUUGGGCUUGGAGCUGACCUUGUUAGGUUGGAUGGGAGUGCUAUGUGCUCUCCUGGAUUUUCUUGUGACUCAGCAUUGCAGGUGACUUAUAUUAUUAGGGGUAGUGGCCGUCUUCAGGUUGUUGGUGUUGAUGGCCACAGGGUCUUGGAAACAACUGUUAAGGCAGGUAAUUUGCUCAUUGUGCCAAGGUUUUUUGUUGUUUCGAAGAUUGCAGCUCCUGAUGGUAUGGAAUGGUUCUCUAUCAUCACCACCCCCAAUCCAAUAUUCACCCACUUAGCUGGAAGGACUUCAGUGUGGAAGGCUCUAUCUCCUCAAGUGCUCCAGGCUGCAUUUGACGUGGAUGCCAACACAGAAAAUCUUUUCCGCUCAAAGAGGAAUUCUGAUGCCAUUUUCUUCCCUCCACCAAAUUGAUAAAAGAACUAGCUUAGUUUUGCUAGUUUUCCCUCCACCGAAUUGAUAAAAAAACUAGCUUAGUUUUGCUAGUUUCCCCUCUACUGAAUUGAUCAAAAAACUAGCUUUGUUUUGCUAGCUUCUUAAUCGCCUCAAUAAAUAGGGCUUUUGUUGUCUUCGGUUUAUGGUUGUAGACUUGUUAAUAUGGUUUUGAUUCUGGAUGUUCGUUUCAUUUUAAUGCAUAACUCUUUCCAUUUAAUUCUAGUCACCAAA